CUCGCUCAAUAUAACUCUUCAAAGUUAGUCCGCUCUUGCACUACUACGGAACAUACUUGCUCUGAUUCAGACAGGCAGCGCUAUUUACCUUGCUACAUCUCUGCUCUAUAAGGUGCCACUCACAGGGCUGAAAACUUUACCCCCACCUGUAGCGUCAUUCUUGAAUCAUCGACUUAGCUUGUCUUCGAAAGGCGGGUAAUUUCGAAUAUGAGAAUAGCCUGUUCAGCAAGUGCCUUCUUGUUCGGGAAAGCUUGAGAUCUACCUUGCUCCGACACAAACCAUGUUUAGCCAUACAUAAGCUCUUGGAAGUACUUGGACUCUUGUGUUUGGAUCGAUUUGCUCACAAUUAUAUAUCUGGACAUCGAAGAUAAUUACUACAAUGCCAGUUUACUGCCUCACCGGCGCAAACCGCGGCCUCGGCCUCGAAUUUGUUCGCCAACUCUCACAGCUCCCCUCAGCCACCAUUAUCGCGACCACCAGAUCAAACGACAAUGACCUCACCGACCUGAAAGCAAUCAAUCCAAGCGAUACCAGUACCAAAAUUCAUAUUAUGGAAUGUGAUAUCGCAUCUCUUGAUUCAAUAAACUCAUUCGUCAAGAACGCUUCUUCUCUCCUCGAAUCGCAAAGUCUCAAGAUAACGCAUCUGAUCGCCAACGCUGGCGUCAACUCUGUUUCCGGACAAAACAGUCUCACGAUUGGACCUGCCGACCUCCAUCGCGAAAUCGAUAUCAAUCUUAUCGGUCCCGCCAAGCUGGUUGAAAACCUGGUCUCGCAGUCCCUGCUCGCCAACGAUGUCCGGGUUUUGAAUAUGACAUCGGGACUGGGCAGUAUGACAAAGUCCCUCACAAUUGAGCCACGGAAAUGCAUGACAUAUUAAUCAGCAAAGCGGCGUUGAAUAUGUUGACUGUGCACCAGAGUGGGGAUCUGCGAAUGGAAGGGCGAGGAGGCCUGAAGGGUGCUGUUGUGAUUUGUAUGGAUCCUGGGUGGGUUAAGACGCGGAUGGGUGGGAGUGGGGCGAUUUUGGAGCCUGAGGAGAGAAUUAGUGGGAUGUUAAAGGUGCUGCAUGGGCUUACUGAUGCCGAGAACGGGAC